AUGAAAUCUUUCAUUGUAUUUGCUUUGGUUGUGGCCGUGGCCGCAGCUGCCACAGUCCCUGUGUACGAAAUCUCAGGAGAUAAAGCUGCCAAGGUUAUCAGGUUCGACCUGAACAACAUCGGUGUUAACGGUUAUGACUUCGCUUACGAGACUAGUGACGGUAAGUUUGCCUCCGAGGUUGCUGAGCUGAAGAACGUUGGAUUAGAGAACGAGGGUCUUGAAGUACGUGGUUUCUUCAGCUACGUUGAUAAUGAUGGCAAGGUUUACAGAGUAGACUACGUCGCCAACGACAAGGGUUUCCAACCAUCGGCUCCCCAUCUCCCCGCCUAA